AUCGAUUGCCCUUGUGACUCCCCGCCCCCCUUCCCACCCCACCCCCUCCGCUCCCUCCCUCCUUCCCUCCCCCGCCACCUCCCCUCACCCCGCCUCCUGCCCUCUCCCCACCCCCAAACCCUGUCGCCCGCGGCAGUCCGGUGCGAGGCCCCCUCCGGAAGGUGAGGGGAUGGACUGGACUCCGCUGGGGAGAGCGGGCGUCUAGAAGUGGUGCUAAUGGGAAGAGGAUUCUGGCUUCCGAAGAGGAUGCGCUGCCACAAAGAGCGGCUGGCGCGCCGGCCUGGGCUCUAGCGGAGGAGAGAUCCCGGGAGAACUCCGGAGCUCCGGGGGAGCGCGCCUCCGAAGACCGGGGCCAACAUGCCUGUGCGCAGGGGGCAUGUGGCACCGCAAAACACAUUUCUGGGGACCAUCAUACGGAAAUUCGAAGGGCAAAAUAAAAAAUUUAUCAUUGCAAAUGCCAGAGUGCAGAACUGUGCCAUCAUCUAUUGCAAUGAUGGGUUCUGUGAGAUGACUGGAUUCUCCAGGCCAGAUGUCAUGCAGAAGCCAUGCACCUGCGACUUUCUCCAUGGGCCUGAGACCAAGAGACAUGAUAUUGCCCAAAUCGCCCAGGCAUUGCUGGGGUCAGAGGAGAGGAAAGUGGAGGUCACCUACUACCACAAAAAUGGGUCUACUUUCAUUUGUAACACUCACGUAAUUCCAGUGAAAAACCAAGAAGGCGUGGCCAUGAUGUUCAUCAUUAAUUUUGAAUAUGUGACGGAUGACAAAAAUGCUGCCACCCCAGAGAGGGUAAACCCAAUAUUACCAGUCAAAACUGUAAACCGGAAACUUUUUGGUUUCAAGUUCCCUGCUCUGAGAGUGCUCACUUACAGAAAGCAGUCCUUACCACAAGACGACCCUGAUAUGGUAGUAAUUGAUUCAUCUAAACACAGCGAUGAUUCAGUAGCCAUGAAGCACUUUAAGUCUCCUACAAAAGAAAGCUGCAGCCCCUCCGAAGCAGAUGAUACAAAAGCUCUGAUACAGCCCAGCAAAUGUUCUCCCUUGGUGAAUAUAUCUGGACCUCUUGAUCAUUCCUCCCCCAAAAGGCAAUGGGACCGACUCUACCCUGACAGACUGCAGUCAGGUUCCCAGCUGACCCAUUCCAGAUCAAAGGAAAGCAUUUGUAGUAUACGGAGAGCAUCUUCAGUUCAUGAUAUAGAAGGAUUCAAUGUGCACCCCAAGAACAUAUUUAGAGACCGGCAUGCCAGUGAAGACAAUGGUCGCAAUGUCAAAGUUUCACGUUCCUGGAUGGCAGGGGGGCCUUUUAAUCAUAUCAAGUCAAGCCUCCUGGGAUCUACGUCAGAUUCAAACCUCAACAAAUACAGCACCAUUAACAAGAUUCCACAGCUCACUCUGAAUUUUUCAGAUGUCAAAACUGAGAAAAAGAAUACAUCUCCUCCUUCUUCAGAUAAAACUAUUAUUGCGCCCAAGGUUAAAGAUCGAACACACAAUGUGACAGAAAAAGUUACCCAGGUUCUCUCUUUAGGAGCAGAUGUCCUGCCAGAAUAUAAACUGCAGACACCGCGCAUCAACAAGUUUACGAUACUGCACUACAGCCCUUUCAAGGCAGUCUGGGAUUGGCUUAUCCUGCUCUUGGUCAUAUACACUGCUAUCUUCACACCCUACUCUGCAGCCUUUCUCCUCAAUGACAGAGAAGAACAGAAAAGGCGAGAAUGUGGCUAUUCUUGUAGCCCUUUGAAUGUGGUAGACUUGAUUGUGGAUAUUAUGUUUAUCAUAGAUAUUCUUAUAAACUUCAGAACAACAUAUGUAAAUCAGAAUGAAGAAGUGGUAAGUGAUCCCGCCAAAAUAGCAAUACACUACUUCAAAGGCUGGUUCCUGAUUGACAUGGUUGCAGCAAUUCCUUUUGACUUGCUGAUUUUUGGAUCAGGUUCUGAUGAGACAACAACACUAAUUGGUCUUCUGAAGACUGCCCGACUCCUUCGUCUUGUGCGAGUGGCCAGGAAACUGGACCGAUAUUCGGAAUAUGGCGCUGCUGUUCUAAUGCUCUUAAUGUGCAUAUUUGCCCUGAUUGCUCACUGGCUGGCUUGCAUUUGGUAUGCAAUCGGAAACGUAGAAAGGCCUUAUCUGACUGACAAAAUCGGAUGGUUGGAUUCCUUAGGACAACAAAUUGGGAAACGGUACAAUGAUAGUGACUCAAGUUCUGGACCAUCGAUUAAAGACAAAUACGUCACAGCACUUUAUUUCACCUUCAGCAGCUUAACCAGUGUAGGAUUCGGGAAUGUGUCUCCUAACACCAAUUCGGAGAAAAUCUUUUCAAUUUGUGUCAUGUUGAUUGGCUCACUAAUGUAUGCAAGCAUUUUUGGGAAUGUAUCUGCAAUUAUCCAAAGACUAUACUCGGGAACUGCCAGGUACCACAUGCAGAUGCUGCGAGUAAAAGAGUUCAUUCGCUUUCACCAAAUCCCCAACCCUCUGAGGCAACGUCUUGAAGAAUAUUUCCAGCAUGCGUGGACUUACACCAAUGGCAUUGACAUGAACAUGGUCCUAAAGGGUUUCCCAGAAUGCUUACAAGCUGACAUUUGUCUACAUCUCAACCAGACUUUGCUGCAAAACUGCAAAGCCUUUCGGGGGGCAAGUAAAGGUUGCCUUAGAGCUUUGGCAAUGAAGUUCAAGACCACCCAUGCACCUCCAGGCGACACCCUCGUUCACUGUGGGGAUGUCCUCACUGCUCUUUAUUUCUUAUCCAGAGGCUCCAUUGAAAUUCUCAAAGAUGACAUUGUGGUGGCUAUUCUGGGAAAAAAUGAUAUAUUUGGAGAAAUGGUUCAUCUUUAUGCCAAACCUGGAAAGUCUAAUGCGGAUGUAAGAGCUCUCACAUACUGUGAUUUGCAUAAGAUUCAGAGAGAAGACUUGUUAGAGGUUUUGGAUAUGUAUCCCGAGUUUUCUGAUCACUUUCUAACAAACCUAGAGUUGACUUUCAACCUAAGGCAUGAGAGUGCAAAGGCUGAUCUCUUACUACGAUCACAAUCCACGAAUGAAUCCGAAGGAGACAACUGUAAACUGCGAAGAAGGAGAUUGUCAUUUGAUAGCGAAGGAGACAGAGAUUUUGGCAAAGAAAACAGUACAAAUGAUCCUGAAGACUCUGCAGAUACCAUAAGACAUUAUCAGAGUUCCAAAAAACACUUUGAGGAGAAAAAAAGCAGAUCGUCCUCUUUCAUCUCCUCCAUUGAUGAUGAACAGAAGCCACUUUUCUCAGGAAUAAUGGAUUCUUCUCCUGGAAUGAGGAAAGCAUCUGGGCUCAACUUUGAAGACAGUGUACCCAACUCAGGAAGAAUUCACAUAGAUAAAAGAAGUCACUCUUGCAAAGAUAUCACUGACAUGCGAAGCUGGGAACGAGAAAAUGCCCAGACUCAGCCUGAAGAAUCCAGUCCUUCAGCACUUCCACGAGCUGCCUGGGGGGUCUCUGAAACUGAAAGUGACCUCACCUAUGGGGAAGUGGAGCAAAGAUUAGAUUUGCUUCAAGAACAACUUAACAGACUCGAAUCCCAAAUGACAGCUGACAUCCAGACCAUCUUACAGUUGCUGCAGAAGCAAACCACAGUGGUCCCCCCAGCCUACAGUAUGGUAACAGCAGGAGCGGAGUAUCAGAGACCCGUCCUGCGCCUGAUGAGAACCAGUCGUCCCGUAGCAUCUAUCAAGACUGACCGGAGUUUCAGCCCUUCCUCACAAUGUCCUGAAUUUCUAGACCUUGAAAAAUCUAAACUUAAAUCCAAAGAAUCCCUCUCAAGUGGGGUGCAUCUGAACACAGCUUCGGAAGACAACUUGACUUCACUUUUAAAACAAGACAGUGAUCUCUCUUUAGAGCUUCACCCUCGGCAAAGAAAAACUUACCUUCAUCCAAUUAGGCACCCUUCUUUGCCAGAGUCAUCCUUAAGCACUGUAGGAAUCUUGGGUCUUCAUAGGCAUGUUUCUGAUCCUGGUCUUCCCGGGAAAUAAUCAUUUUGUACUAUUUACUCCACAUACAAUGUAAGUGCUUUUAAUGGCUGUUUUCCUUUUUGUAUUUAAAUCCUCUCUACUUGACUCAGGGGCUCACAAGGUACCAUUAUAUGCAAAAGUACUGUAUAUUUUCCUAAAUUGAAGCUUGUAAGGUAAUAUUGAGCAGUUAGGAUGUAAAUAGACAUAAGAACUUUUGGUUCCAAAUGUUAAAACUGCCAGCAUCUCAAGGCACCUUAUUUUUUAUUUUUAUUUUUUAAAUCAUGUGCAUGUUAGGAAACUCCAAUUUCUCUUGCAUGGAGACUCCUAUUUAUUGCUUUUCCUAAACCAGUACUUUGUUAUGAAAAUGCCUUCCAAGCAAAUAAGAAACCAAGGGAUAAAACUGUUCGUGAAUGCAACUCAGAUUCAGAUGAUCCUCAACUCAUGGGAGUUCAAGAGGGAUAAAGGGAACUUAGUCACUCUUGAGAACAGAUAUCCUUCUGUACUGAGAUGCUUAUAGUUAAUUACAUUCCUUCCUCCACACUCAAAACACCCACAAAGUUUAAGAGUUAUAAAUCUCAGACAGUAUAGGAAGCCAUCUCCAAAUACAUGAAUUUAGGCUGACUUUAAUGAGAACAAAAGGUCUUUCUACAUAAAAUUCUGUCACUAAUUACAUUCAUAAAUCAUCUAAAAUAUUUCCCACUGGCACAUUUCCUUGAAGGCUUAAAAAAAAGUUUCUCUAAUUUUGGUUUUUUUUCUAGGGAGGGCAGGGGGAUGGUCUCCUAAAGAACUGAUAAAGUUGAACUGAUUUCCACAGCUUUCUUCUGGUUCAUAUUUUAGGGCAAUCCUGAAUUUGAUCAAAAUAGUGGACACAUAGUUUUCAAAAAACGUGCAAUUUCACUGGAUUUGCAUAGCGAAACUAGCUUUCAUUAAGUACAUGUUGUUGUAUGGUUUCCUGAUCCCUGCUGUAGAAAAACAAUAUGCCUACAGAGGAAAUACACAAACCAGCAGUAAAAUUUCAGUUCUGUUUAGUUAUUCUAACAAUUUUGCUAAGCAGAGAUUAAGUGCAAAUCUAUCACAUAUCAAUUCGGAUGGAUAUAUAUUGACUCCAGAAUAAAAUUUAAUAUAUCUUCCAACUAAAAUAGCUUCAAGUGUUAGGUUUGGGGUGUUUUUUGAGGGGGGGCAUAUAUGUCUUAUAAAAUUGGGGUGAAGAAAAAAAUUACAAGUUAUUAAGAUUUUGAUUAGUCAAGUUUUAGUUAAGAAAUCUUAUCUUUACAAUUUUAAAAUUAUUAUGGACUGAUCCAUUAUAUCUUUUCCUCUGAACAAAAAUUUUAAAAUUUGUUGAAAGUUUCUUAAUUCUUUACUAAUUCUUACAUUCACAUAUAGCUUUAAAAAAAAACAUUUUACCUGUGCACAUUAUCAAAUGGGUUAAUUUCUAUCCCUUCAGAAUAGAAAUACAAUCUAUUGCUUUACCCUUUACUUUUGAAACUAAUUUAUUAAUCAGCUUCAGAUCCAAGCAAUUUAUUUAAAUUUAUUUUAUUUUAUUUAAAAACUAUUGCACUCUUUAAUGUGAUUAAA